AUGACGGUCACCCUCCCUGCCGGCGGUGUCAACGCCUCAAUCGCCAGUCCUGUGUACUCACAGACCCGCGGUCGUCGCCAUUGCGCCCUAGACGCGACUCAUUGCGUGUUCAGUCAAAGACAAGACCGACUUCAAGUUGCCACAUCUUCCAAUCCAAUUGCUUCAAUCCCCUCAUCCGUCCUCAUCAGCGUCUGUGAUAUCUAUCGCAAAAAGUUUCCCGUGGCCAACUUUCUUCAUUAUCCGUCUCUGAUUGCUGAAAUAUCCACCAAUCCCUCGUCGGUGGAUUCGGUAUUCGUGGCUUCAUUGCUCGCCCUUUGUGCGCGGUUCCUACCGCAGCAUCAUCUGCAACCAGGAGAGAUAUACGCUGAAUAUGCGCGGGUGCAGUUAGCCCAUCGGGCCUUCGAAGGUGCUUCUCUUUACUUGGCACAGUCUUUGGUAAUAAUCUCAUUAUACGAAUGGGGGUCAGGCCGCCCUUAUAAGGCGUGGAUGUACAGCGGAAUGGCCACAUACAUGAUUCAAUCGCUCCUGAAGACUGCAGACGACAGCAUGGAACACAACCCAGAUGAGUUUCAGUCCUCCCAGAUUCAAUACGAACAGCUGGUCCGCACGUACUGGUGUUGCUUCGCCCAAGACUGUGAGUUGAGCUCGGGUGCCCGUCAACAUUUCGCCCUAUCCUUUCGCCAGAUAUCGGUACCACUGCCCAUUGGCGAUCAUGAUUUCAAUUUUGGUCGGCGAGCGUCUCGUCGGCUGAUGCCUGCCAACCUCACCCGAGACUCCCCUCUUUCCGCUGCCAUGACCAUUGAUCACGGCUUGACGAUCGUGACUCGCGGUUUUGACAUUUUUGUGCGAAUCCUGCGUUUUGCGAACGAAAGCCGUCGUGGUCGGACAUCAUCAUCAUUGAAUACCGAGCUAUCGCCGCAGAAAACGUGGGAAAGUCUCAAGGAGGAAUUGGAUGAAUGGCGAUCCCUGCAGGAUGUGACAGUCCGGUAUCCAAGUACCAGUGCCCAAGCACAUGUGGCUCUGGGAUACGGGGAACUUUUCGCCUACAUCAACCUGAGGCUAACUGAGUCGUCUAGCAUCCUAUUUCUUCAUCGCGACCGCGUGCUAUCGAGCUUGAAGCUUCUACAUGGCCCGAAUCAUGAUCCGCGAGUCGCAACAAGCUUGGAAGAAUCCACCUGGUGCGAGGCCGCGAUUGAAGAGCUGUUUGAAGCGGCCCAGAACAUCGGUGGCAUCCUGUCAGCCCUGGAAGCAUCCGGUGCGUCCGUGAUUACGCCUUACGCAGGAUUUAGUGUCUUUGUUGCUGCUCAUAUCAAUAUGUAUGGCACUGUGUCGCCACGAGGUUACCCGGGGGGCCAAGAACGGGCCGAGCGAGAGAAAAGAGGCAACUUCGCAUACCUCGAAAGACUUUGUGACUUCUGGCCAGUUGGCCAUAGCUGGUGGCGGACUGUGCAAGAAGCUAGCAAAUUCUACGAGACCGCAAAAAGUAACCACGAGCAGACAGCUUCCGGCGACCGUCCGGGCCAUCUGACUCUAGCCAGCACACUGGAUGAGCGAGAUGUAUCUGGGAGGGACGCCGCCGUGACGCAGAAUCAUGGACCAACAGGCUGUCCAGCCCAUUCGAGCAUAGCCUUUAGUGAGCAGGUCAUGUUGGAUCCACAUGAGCUGGAGACGGAAAUGAUGCAAUGGCCCUUUAUCGAUGAAACGUGGUCGUCCGGAUUUGAUACUGGAUUUGAGGCUGCAUGGCCGAACCCGGGCUAG